AUGGUAUACGCCGUCAUGAGAGACACGAUCCAGACUUCAAAAGGCGACUACUACCAAGAUGAGGAUUACACAGAAACCAUCGAGUUGUAUUUUAUUUUGAAAGAUGCGAAUACAAGAGUACGAGCCGAAUAUGAAGACUGGAACGGCGACGUCUCCAAUCAUGAGGAAUUCAACUUCGACUUUACGGGUGGAGGCACGCAUUUUUGGGAAAUGUUGGAUACUCUGGAGGUUGAGGGUGUUCGGGUGUAUGUUAAGGAGGAACCGGUCAAAGGUCCUGGCUCUGAGCCUGUGAGGGUUUGGAAGAGAGCGUUGCCUGGUGAAGGCUCAGAAGAAGGGUCAGAGAAAGACUCAGAUGAAGACUCGGACGAAGAUUGA